AUAAUUGGACAUCUCUCCAUUCACCAUUGUUGUCGUUGACUCUGAUUCUAAUCUCUUCUCUCUCUACUUAGUCAAUCAACCCUUCAAAGUUCAAACUCACUCCUUUCUUUCAAUGUUCAAUCUCUGAAGAAAGCGAAAAAGUUUAUUCAGCUAAGCUAAGCUAAUCUACAUCAUCAUUCAACAAUGUCAUGAUUUUCAACAUUUUGACAACCCGCCUGAAAAUAAUCAAAACUUUCAUCAAUGGGUGAGGACAGAAUUUCGAAACUACCUGAUGGAGUGAUCAUUCACAUGUUGUCGUUUCUCCCAACUAAAGAUGUCGUUCGAACAUGUCUUCUUUCAAAGCGUUGGAAACUCAUUUGGUAUUCAGUUCCCACACUUUUUUUCUCCAAUGUUACUAGUCCUGAUCUCACGUGGUGUUGGGAUAUAGAAAUGUUUUACAAUUUUGUUGAUAAUUGUUUGGAACACCUCAAAAAGGGUUUUGUUGUUGAUUCAAUCAUAACUAGUUUUAAGCUUAAGAUGUUUGAUUGUUAUCAUAGAAGUAAGGCUGGUCUUUUAGAUAAAUGGUUAGCUUUUGUUGUUGAGAGUAAAGUUAGGGAAAUACAUCUUAGGUUAAACCUAGAUAUGGAUCUAGAAAAUUUCGAUGAGUAUUACUAUUGUUUACCUAAAAUAUUGCAGAGUGCAACAUAUUUGACUGUUUUGGAGUUGAAUUGUGUAGAGUUGGAUACUUCUUGUUCAUUUAGUUUUCCUUGUUUGAAAACAUUGUCAUUGGAAGAUGUUCGGAAUUUAGAGACUGCUGAGGAUGAUGGGGUAGUUAAGUUUUUGUUGGGUUGUUCUUCUCUUGAGAAAUUGUUGUUACUUGAUUAUGUUUUCUUAGUUACUGAUCAUGAUGUUCAGUUUCGAUUGCAUAGUUUAAGCCUCAAGUUUAUGGAACUUAAACGUACAUACGAUUAUUAUAAGUUAAACAUUCAAGUUGAAGCUGUAAAUCUUGAAUCUUUGGUUCUACAUGGUGUUAUAUUGGAUGAAAUGAAUCUCUCUUCUUGCAAGAAAAUUAGAAAUCUCUCAUUAGUUGACUGUCCAGAAAAUCUUCGGCCUUCAAUACAAGCUCUUAUUUCUGAUGUUCCUCUUCUUGAAAGUUUGACUUUGAGCAAAUGCGAUGCAGAUUUGGACCAUCUUAAAAUCACUAGUCAAUACUUGAAAAGUUUCAAUUUUAAGUACUCGGAUAUGAUCAAUGUUGUUACAAUUGAAUCAGCUCUAGAUCUAGAUUACUUUUCUUAUGAAGGAUAUAUCAAUUGUAGAAUAUCAAUAGAUUCAUUUAAUUUAUUGAAUGGGAAGAUAGUGAUUUUUGAGCAGCAGGAGAAUUAUGACACAAACUGGUUUACCAAUAUGAUGAAAUUUCUUUCGAAUCUCAAUUGCUCUUGGAAUAUUGUAAGCCUACAUGUUCGUAAAGACAAGGCUCUUAUCUUGCCAGAAAACUUCAAAACGAUAUGUCCUUCUCCGUUGCUUAACUGGAAGCAUCUCAGAGUAGUUAUUUCCGAAUAUCGUAAGCCUUAUAUGAAAGUGUUAGAUUUGAAGGACUCCUUGAUGUGGAUGUCAUCUUCUUUAGAAACAUUAUCUAUUAACGGAAAGGACGUGUUUUAGUUGUUUUGUAGCAUCAUAAUGUUGGUUGAGUAUGGAUGAGUGUUUUUGUUUAGUUUUCUAUGAAAAAUGGUACCGCAGUUCUUUCUUACCAUUCUAUUGCGAACUAGUUUAUUAAUUAUAUUGUAGAUUUCUUUUUCCA